GUGAUAAAAGGUUUGACAGGAAAACCAUCAAAAUGUGCUUGGGAAAUAAAUAAAUGCUUACAACAUAUUAUAGAUGAGAAUAGAAGUACUUUAUUAAUGCCUGGAGGGAAUCGUAAAGCAGCUCAACACAGAAAAGAACACAGGAGCCAUAUUACACAAAAUUUCCCUCAGGGGUUGAUAAAGUAUGUGUAUUCUUUAACAAUGACAAACCUCUGUUUACAGCUGAAAUCAGCUUGCAUUGUUUCAUUGUGUUUUGUUUUGUUUGUACAAUGUAUCAUGAGGGCCUGAGAGUCAUUCUGAGCACCACAAAAUGUUAACAAAUAGCACUGAAACGUAGGAUGAGUUAGGGACAGGGAUAGGCCUUUAUCCUUCAUAACACCAUGCCAACUGUCACCUCCCACUGGCUUCACCUCAAAAGGCAUUGCUCAUUCGUACCGAGCAUACUCAGUGGCAGUCUGGUGUGAUCGGUGGCUGAUUUCUGUUCUCCUAACACACUGGAAGAGGUGUGUGGAACAAAAGGAGCAAACAUGACCUCAGAUUUGUCACACAGUGGGAGCUCUUUUAAAUGGAUCUACUCCUUAAUUUGUUUGGCAGUAAAUGGAUUUCUUUGCCUGCUGUUCCUGCCAAACCAGUCCAGUGCGGAGCCAUUUGUUCCUCAAUGGGAAGACAACAGCAAGGAAACUCUUCUUCUGGUAUGGGUGCACCCGUUUGGAGCACGUAUCAAUAUACCUGACUGCUGGGAGCGACUUGGGAUGCGUGGAUGCAAGGUCACUGAUGACAGGAGCAGGUACACUCAGGCUGACGCUGUGCUCAUCCAUCACCGGGAUAUCUGCUGUGGCGGCACUCAUCUGCCACCAAAACCACGACCACCUGGACAAAAGUGGAUAUGGUUCAAUUUCGAGUCUCCAACACAUGCUCCACAACUGUGGAAAUAUGAAGGGAUUUACAACCUCACCCUGAGUUACCGUGAAGACUCAGAUGUUGCCCUGCCGUACGGAUGUUUGAUCCAAAAUGCGCUUGUGGACAAAGUUCCCUUUGGCCGCUAUGCGGUGCCGCUCGGAGGAAGCUCAGCCUCCCGAUCUGAUCUGCAUCGUCCCCACCUCGUGGCCUGGGUGGUGAGUAACUGGUCAGAGUCCCACGCUCGUGUUGCCUUCUACAAACUCCUGAAACAAUUCUACUUCGUUGACGUCUUUGGUGCAGCGGGCAGACCAUUAAGUCGUGAUGGAACAGUCAUUGUGGACCUGAUCAAACAGUACCGGUUCUACUUGGCAUUUGAGAACUCGCAGCACACCGACUACAUCACAGAGAAGUUGUGGAACGCUGUGCGUGGCGGCGCCGUCCCGGUGGUCCUGGGUCCAUCCAGGAAAAACUAUGAGCGUUUUCUGCCCCCCGAGGCCUUCAUCCAUGUUGAUGACUUCCCCACAGCGCAGGACUUGGCCCAGUACCUGCUGAAGGUGAAGGACAGCCCAUCUCUGAUCGAGAAGCACCUCAGCUGGAGGAAAAACUACAGCUUAUAUAUUUCUUCAUGGUGUACUGACCAUUACUGCACAGCUUGCAUGGCAGCAAAGCAUCGUAAAGGCAAGGUCGAUGUGGUCAGAAAUCUUAAUGAGUGGUUUCUCUCAUGAAAACCUGAGUAUGCUGGGUGUGAUUUAUGAUAAAAGUAGGGAAGACUUUUAUUUUCCAAUGACACUGGGAAAUGACGAUGAAAUGGUCGAUUGACAGAUGGAUGCAUGGACAGACAGAUAUUGCAUGUCAAUAUCUUAUUUUCACUGUUUAAGCAAUAUGGAG